AUGAUUGAUCGAGACCACGACGAGGAUCCAGCCUCCCAUACCUCGCAACACAAUGCACUGUUUGACGAUGGUGGACCUCUAGCCGAUCCUCUGGAACGGCAGACAAUUUUCGCUGCUCUUGAUUCAUUCCACCAGUAUCGGAAACAUGCGCAUUACAACACAACCCAUCGGCGCCGACAAAAUCUCUAUGCGCUGCCAUCCGCACAGUGGCAGAUGCUCGCCGGCCCACCGUUCUCAAUCCUGGAUACCCUGAACGCCGUUGACGAUGCUCUGGAUCACAAUGCCGACCUGGCGGAUGAGAUCCUUCGACUAGGAUUAGCUUCCUUUGGACUGAGCGAAAAUCCGUCCGAAGAUUCGGAGCUGAACUGGCGGGAUGCAGCCCGACCAAGUGACAUGUCCAAAGCGCAUUCAACCAUCCGUCAAUUCUACCGUGACUGGUCCCGUGAAGGUUAUUCAUUCGAAGUCGAGCCAUUGUUCCAUACAAUCCUGUCAGACCUUGAAUCGUGCCUCCCCGAAGUCCAUCCCGACGCCACAUCACCAACCCUGCUUCUUCCCGGCGCCGGUCUUGGUCGCAUACUCUUUGAACUCUGCCUGCGAGGAUACAAUGUAACGGGUAACGAAAUCUCGUAUCACCAACUCCUGGCGAGCAACUUCGUUCUCAACAGCACCCAACGCGCAAAUCAAUAUUCGAUUUACCCGUUUGUCAACACCUUUACAAAUGUCACAUCCCGGGCUCACCAACUGAAACGGCAUACCAUUCCCGACAUCCACCCUGGUUCUGCCCUACUGUCACGAGUCGAGACCGGGCUAUCGGUUGGCGAGAUGAACAUGACAGCGGGAGAUUUGGUGCUCUCAUACUCGACGCCAGAAUGCUCAGGGACAUUCGAUGGCGUCGUGAGCGUGUUUUUCAUCGAUACGGCGCCCAACUUGAUCCGGUAUAUUGAGACGAUAAGGAAUUGCUUGAGAAAAGGUGGCAUGUGGAUCAACGUUGGACCCCUAUUGUGGCAUUUUGAUGAUCGAGUCCAUGCUAGCGGAGAGGGUGCAGAUGGUGAAGAAAGGCAAGACCACACCGACAAUCAUAUCGGGGCAACGCAUAAACUUGGCUUAGAAGACAAAGGUGUUGCGGAGCCGGGUUCCUUCGAGCUUUCCGAUGAAGAAGUCCUCCAACUCGUCUCACGCAUGGGGUUCGAAAUCGUUUGCCAUGAGAUUCUCGGCGAGGGCAUCCUUGAUUCUGAUCCUCGCUCUCCGUACAGAUAUGGGUUAGGAUACAUGCAGGAUCCUGCCAGUCUCUUGCAGCACCGCUACCGAUGUAGUCACUGGGUGGCGAAGAAAUCAUGA